AUGGUUGGGCCGAAAGUACAGGAUGAACUAUUUGAUCUGUUAGUGAGAUUCAGGAAACACCCAGUGGCGCUUUCAGCAGAUGUUGCCAAGAUGUACAGGCAAUUUCGGUUAGCAGAUUCUGAUAAGGACUAUUAUCGUUUUGUGUGGCGAGACAACCGUACAGAUGAUAUCGGUGACUAUCGAAUGACUGUUGUGACUUUCGGAGUUGCAUCGUCUCCACACCAAGCACAGCGUGUGCUAAAGCAGUUGGCGCAUGAUGAAAAGGACAAUUACCCUCUUGCAGCACCUGUGCUUGAGAAUGAUCUCUAUAUGGAUGAUGUGGUUUCUGGGGCAGAGGAUACAGCUAGUGCCAUCUGUUUGCAAUGUCAACUUGAUGGUAUUACUGAGUGUGCUUAUCUUGAGCUUAGAAAAUGGAUCUGCAAUGACCCUGCUUUUAUUCAGUCGGUACAGAAAUCUAAUGAUGGUGUCUUGGAUAUGGACCUACAUACACUGGACAAUCCAGUGAGAAAAACACUUGGAGUUGUAUGGGACUCUUCAUCUGGUUCAUUUCUGUACCGAGUAGGUUUCGGUGUUAGUGAAGACCAGAACCCUGAUAAUGUGACAAAGCGCAAGUUACUGUCAGAGACAUAUAAGGUGUUUGAUCCACUGGGAUUAUUGGCAUCUACAGUGAUGUGCGCGAAAGCAAUGUUUCAGAAACUGUGGUUGCUAUGCCUCAACUGGGAUGAUGUGUUGCCAGACACUGAGCUGCGCGCAUGGUUACUUUGGAAAUUGAACAUGAAAAUGUUGGACACUUUGAAGGUGGAUCGAUGCAUUGUGCCUAAGACUGGUAUCAAGGUUGUGGAAUAUCAAUUGCAUGGAUUCGGCGAUACCUCCGAACAAGGCUAUGCGGGCGUCGUGUACUUGCGUACUCUUCAGAUGGAUGGUACUGUCUUAGUGACUCUAGUCUGUUCGAAAACGAAAGUAGCGCCAACGAAACAGAUCUCGUUGCCGAGGUUGGAGCUAUGUACAGCAUUGCUCAUAGCUAGAUUAUUGCAUAGAGUACAGACGGCGUUGAAAUUGGCUCAUGUGACACUUCAUGCUUGGUCGGACUCGACUGUGACUUUAGAUUGGAUCCACGGGAAUCCUACCAGAUGGAAAACGUUCGUUGCCAAUAAAGUCAGCGAAAUUCAGAGUUUGAUGAACGCGUCGCAAUGGAGGUUCUGUCCUGGCUAUGGGAACCCAAGCGAUUGCGCGUCACGUGGUAUACUCGCGUCUGAACUAGUCACUCACGAUCUGUGGUGGCAUGGUACAGCUUGGUUGGCGGAAUCCUCUGAAAAUUGGCCGGAGUUGCAUCGUGUCAGUGACAGUGUUGAAACCAAGCGUGAAAUGAAAUCGACAAGGAUUGACACAGCUACGGCGCAUGUACAUGUAGUGGAAUCAAAUGUAGUGGAAUCAAGCGUGAUGGCGACUUUUGACUUGUUUCCGUACUCAGUUCUGUACAAGCUUGUCCGCAUUAGCGCGUGCUGCUUACGAUGGCUACAGGCACGUGACCCUGGGAAACAUGUGAUUAAGGGUCCGCUUACGUGUGCUGAAUUAGACAGUGCUUUGAAGCUUUGGAUUAAGCAGGCACAGAGUGAUGAAUUCAGUGAGGACAUCGCGAGGCUGAAAGCUGGUGAAAUUAUGGUCUCAAAAAACUUACAGGCAUUGUGCCCCUUCUUGAAUAGUGAGGAUGUUCUCUGCGUUGGAGGUAGACUUCAGGAAAGUACGCUCAAAUUCGCGUCACGACAUCCGAUUCUAUUACCAGCUAAGCAUAAGCUGACAAUGUUGAUCAUUGGCGCUGAACAUAAGCGCAACUUGCAUGCUGGACCGCAGCUGCUGCUAGCUUCCUUGCGCCAAAGAUACUGGACGCAAUGGUCCCGGAACCGCCGACAGGCGGCACCACCUCACGACGAAGGCUUUUGCGGACCGCUUCAAAUGGUUUCAUAA